CGGCAGGGCGGGAGGAGAAAGUUGCUGGGUAUGAAAGAGAGAGGGGCGCACACACUCAAGCGCUCGGCCGCGCGUCCGCACACGCGCCCACCCGUCCCCCCACACCCCCGCACGCCCGCACGCACAGAACAGAAAUAUAAGAAGGAGAGGAAAGAGCGGUCACACACCGCGCCCGCGCCCGCGCGCGCAGGAGAGAGAGAGAGAGAGAGAGAGAGAGAGAGAGAGAGAGAGAGAGAGAGAGAGAGAGAGAGAGAGAGAGAGAGAGAGCCGGGCUGGCUUGCUGGUUUGAAGCCUGUGGGGGCUAGAUGGCGGGAUGGGAUGAGGGGAAUGUAUUUUACAGCGAGCAGUUCGGUGUGGAGGAGGAUCCUGAUCAGACGGGCCUGUCGAGAGAUUCUUUGAAGCGUAAACUGAAAGAGUUUAUUCGGAGUUUUAAUAUCAAUCAUGGCACUUUUAUCUACAGGGACAAACUGCAGGUUAAUCCAGCGUUCCUGGAAGUUUCGUUGGAAGAUCUUACGGCCUAUGACGACUUCGUUGCCGCUAAGAUGAUGAGCAAUCCAACGGAUGUCCUGCCAUUGUUUGAGGCGGCGGCGGCAGAGGUGUUGGCGGGCUUGCAGUCAAAGGUGCCGGGAGAGAGGGGAGAUCUGGAGGAACCCACGAGGGGGGAGGUCCCCCAACUCAUGCUCUCGAGCAAGGGAAUGCACGCCAAGCUGAGAGAUCUGUCCGCUGCGCAUAUCUCAAAGCUUGUGAAGGUUCCAGGUAUUGUCAUUGCCGCAUCAAGGACGAAAGCCAAGGCCACAGCCGUGACGCUGAUCUGCAAGAACUGUCGGAACACGAAAGUAAUCCCGUGUAAGCCGGGGUUAGCGGGGGUCUUGCUCCCGAGGAGUUGUGAUCGAAUCGCUGACCCGCUGACUACGGACGCCAAGUGUCCUCUAGACCCAUGGGUGGUGGUCCCAGAGAAGAGCAAGUACGUGGACCAGCAGACGCUGAAGCUGCAGGAGAACCCUGAGGCGGUGCCGAUAGGCGAGCUCCCGAGGAACCUCCUCUUGUCCGUCGAUCGGAACCUGGUCCAAAAGAUUGUGCCUGGAACACGCGUCUCUGUGAUCGGUAUAUACAGCAUCUUCCAGUCCGGGAACAACUCGAAGAAGGACAGCAAGACCGCCGUCGCAAUCAGGCAACCCUAUCUAAGGGUGGUGGGUAUAGAGCAAGACGAGCAAAGCUGCGCGCGAGGGUUUUCCAACUUCACGGUGGACGAAGAGCUGGAGUUUAAGGAGUUCUCUCGACGACCUAAUGCGUACGAGGAGCUGUGUAAGAGGGUAGCGCCGUCAAUCUUCGGCCACGAGGAUGUCAAGAAAGCCGUCGCCUGCCAGUUGUUCGGCGGCUCAAGGAAGCUGCUCCCAGAUGGGGUGAGAUUAAGGGGUGACAUCAACGUCUUGCUCCUCGGCGAUCCCUCGACGGCUAAGUCCCAGUUCUUGAAGUUUGUGGAGAAGACCGCUCCCGUGGCGGUCUACACGUCGGGGAAAGGCUCCUCGGCUGCUGGAUUGACUGCCUCGGUAAUUAAGGACUACGGAUCGGGGGAGUUUUACUUGGAGGUGGGAGCCAUGGUGUUGGCAGACGGAGGGGUGGUGUGCAUCGACGAGUUCGACAAGAUGAGGCCAGAAGAUCGGGUGGCAAUCCACGAAGCCAUGGAGCAGCAGACGAUCUCCAUCGCUAAAGCGGGAAUCACGACGGUCUUGAACUCGCGCACUUCCGUGCUAGCCGCCGCUAAUCCGCCGUCGGGACGGUACGACGACCUCAAGACAGCCCAGGAGAACAUCGACUUGCAAACCACGAUCUUGUCGAGAUUCGAUCUCAUCUUCAUCGUGAAGGACGCGCGGGAUCACGCUCGGGACAUGCUGAUCGCGCGCCACGUGGUCAAUCUGCAUGCGACCGCGGACAUGGCCGCCGACAUGCCGACGGCGCAGCGAGACCUGCACUGGCUGAAAAGAUACGUCGAGUACUGCCGCACUCGAUGUUUCCCGCGCUUGUCGGAGGAGGCGGCGACGGUUUUGCAAAACAAUUACGUGAAAAUCCGUCAGCAAAUGCGACAAAGAAGUAAUGACAGCGGCGAGGCCGCUGCCAUUCCCAUCACCGUCCGCCAAUUGGAAGCCAUUGUGCGGCUCAGCGAAGCGCUGGCGCGGAUGCAGUUGCUUCCUGUGGCCACCGUGGAGCAUGCGGAGGAGGCGCUAAGGCUUUUCCGCGUGUCUACCAUCGACGCCGCCUCCUCGGGAAUCGCCGACAACAUCAUCGUUACCCCUGAACAGAGGGCAGAGAUUCAGCAGAUCGAGUCGCAGAUCAAGCGGCGGCUAGGGAUCGGUAGCUUCAUGUCGGAGAGGAGAAUGAUCGACGAUCUUACGAGGAUGGGCAUGAGCGAAUCGUCGGUCAGGAGGGCCAUCUUGGUGAUGGCGCAGCGGGACGAGCUGGAGUACCGCAGAGAGCACCGGGAUGACAAGGAGUGGGAGAAGGAGAAGGUGCAAAUGUAUGAUGAUAAUGAUGAUGACGAGGAGGAGGAGGAGGAGGAGGAGGAGGAGGAGGAAGAAAGAGGAAGAAGACAGAGGAUGAUGAGAAGAGGGAGAAGGGAAGAGAGAUGUGUGAAGGAUGUCAGGGAAGAGGAGGAGGAGCAGAAUGUUGCAGGAGGAGGAGGACGAGGAGGAAGAGGAGGAGGAAGAACGAAGGGAGGAGGAGGAGGAGGAGGAGGAAGAACAAAGGGAGGAGGAGGAGGAGGAGGAAGAAGACAAGAACAAAAGGAGGAGGAGGAGGUGGAGGACGAAGAACAAAGGGAGGAGGAGGAGGAGGAGGUGGAGGACGAAGAACAAAGGGAGGAGGAGGAGGAGGAGGAGGAGGAGGAGGAACAAAGGGAGGAGGAGGAGGAGGAGGAGGAAGAACAAAGGGAGGAGGAGGAAGAAGACCAAAGGGAGGAGGAGGAGGAGGAGGAGGAGGAGGAGGAAGAGGAACAAAGGGAGUAGGAGGACAUGAUAUGAUGAAAAGAGAAGGGAGCUGGUAACGGAGAUGUAAAGGGAUGUCAAGAGGUUAGGAGGCGUGGGGAGGAGGAGAAGCAAAUAGACGACGAGGAAACCGAAGAAAGACGAGGAGCAAGAAAGAGGAGAAAGACAGUACCAGGAGGAGGCCCUCCUUUAACAGUACCAGGAAGAGCAGUACUUGCUGAAAGACUGAUCUGCAAAACCAGUAUUUUUUUCUCUCUUUUUCUUUUUCUCCCCCUCGCCCCCCCUUUUUUUCGUUCCUUUUUGGUUGGGAGUCAUCAUUUCGUGCAAAGCCAGUCUUAGUACGAGGAGGAAUGAGUGAGAUAYKUUUUUUUUUUUUUUUUUUUUUUUUUAUUUUAACAGAAACUCAUGCAUCAUGCGGGAGAUGGUCAAUUGAAGGCCGAAAAUUAGAUACAGAUUUGCAAGAUGAUCGGAAUGCGCAUAAUAAAUAAACCAUGUUAAG